CCCUCCCCCUUUGACGAGCAAGAUAGGUUGUUUUGCAGGGCCGUCGCGUGCACUACACGUCAUCGCCAUCAACACCAGCAUCGCCGUUUAAUUUAAACGUACAGUUCAACAACUUCAUUACUUUCGGAACAUUUUAGCUCUCCUGAUAACGUUCUUUCCGUGCACCUCAAAUAAUGGUAAACACGAGACAGUUUUGAAGGAAGGCUGGGCGCUGAAAAGUGAUCGCAAAGAAUUCUGGGAUUCGUAGUUUGCGGUAGGCGCCCGUGUGCGGCUUCAUGUUAGUGUAAGCAGGCGAAAGAACUUGGUCUCCCAGCAGCCAGCGCUCACCAAGCAUUGCAGCGGCUAUCGCCGAGUCAACCAGUAUGUUGGUGAAAGGCUUGAAUGUCACGGGCAUAUUUUAAUAUAUCGCAAUAGAAUGCGCGGAAGAAGUGUCUAGAAGUGAUGUUUGGCCGUUCGAGGAGUUGGGUCGGCGGGAGCUCCGGGAAGUCCCCGAGAAACAUUCAUUCCUUAGAGCAUCUGAAGUACAUGUACCAUGUCUUAACGAAGAACACAACUGUGACAGAUAGUAAUCGUAAUCUGCUGGUGGAAACAAUUCGAUCUAUUACAGAAAUCCUCAUCUGGGGAGAUCAAAAUGACAGCUCUGUAUUUGACUUUUUCUUGGAGAAAAACAUGUUUGUUUUCUUCUUAAAUAUCUUGCGCCAGAAAUCCGGUCGCUAUGUGUGUGUGCAGCUGCUUCAGACGAUCAAUAUCCUGUUUGAAAAUAUUAGUCAUGAAACCUCACUGUAUUAUCUGCUGUCUAAUAACCAUGUGAACUCAAUUAUUGUGCACAAGUUUGACUUCUCUGAUGAGGAAAUCAUGGCAUAUUAUAUUUCCUUUUUGAAAACACUUUCUCUUAAACUCAACAAUCAUACUGUGCAUUUUUUCUACAACGAGCACACAAAUGACUUUGCCCUGUACACGGAGGCAAUUAAAUUUUUCAACCACCCAGAGAGCAUGGUCAGAAUUGCUGUAAGAACAAUCACCCUUAAUGUGUAUAAAGUGGAUAACCAGUUAAUGUUGCACUACAUCAGGGACAAAACAGCAGUUCCCUAUUUCUCCAAUUUGGUUUGGUUCAUUGGAAGCCAUGUGAUUGAAUUGGACAACUGCGUGCAAACAGAUGAAGAGCAUAGGAAUAGAGGGAAACUGAGUGACCUGGUAGCUGAACAUUUGGACCACCUGCAUUACCUGAAUGAUAUCCUGAUCAUUAACUGUGAAUUCCUGAAUGAUGUACUAACAGACCAUCUAUUAAACAGACUUUUUCUGCCAUUAUACGUGUACUCUUUGGUGACUCAAGAACAGUGUGGUGAUCGUCCAAAGAUCAGCCGUCAGGCUUCAUUAUAUCUCCUUUCACAGGUGUUUUUAAUUAUACACUAUAGGCCAUUGGUGAAUUCUUUGGCUGAUGUAAUCUUGAAUGGGGACCUUUCAAUGUUCAGCCUUCAUUCAGAACAGGAUUCAUUGAAGCACUCAAUGUCCACAAGCAUUCGAUGUUUCACCAAACCUGUAGAAACGUUAGAAAGAUCUUUAGAGAUUAGUCGACACAAGGGAAGAAAGAGAGUGCAAAAGAGACCAAACUAUAAAAAUGUAGGUGAAGAGGAUGAAGAAGAGAAAGGCAUAGAGGAAAAAGAAGAUGACACUGAAAAGCUGAAAGGUACAGACACUAGUGCAAAAGGCAUCAAGUCAAGUGGGGAGACUGAAGAAAUUGAAAUGGUUAUUAUGGAGCGAUGCAAGAUAUCUGGCACCCAGCCUUCAGGCUUGACCGAACAAAAUACCACAGAUGAAGAGAAGACUGCAGCUGCUACAAGGACUAACAAUCCAAAGAGAAGGCCCUUUCUAGAUAUGGUGUACAAUGCACUGGAAUGCUUUGAAGAAGACUAUUAUGCACUGUUUGUGCUAUGCCUUCUUUUUGCAAUAUCUCACAACAAUGGUAUUGACCAAGACCUGCUGGAAAAGAUCCAGAUUCCUCCAGAGGAUGCUAAGGAGAAGAGCUCAUAUAGUCAUAUACUAGCAGAAAGACUCAUUAAGAUAAUGAACCAAGCAACACGUUCUGAUGCCAAAAUCCGCCUGGCUACAUUGGAGCUUGCUUGCCUCUUACUAAAACAACUUGUGUUAUCAGAUGGCACCUGUAUUAUUAAAGAUGUGCAUCUUGCCUGUCACGAGGGUGCAAGGGAAGAAAGUGUCCACUUACUGCGGCGUUUCUAUAAGGGAGAAGAAAUCUUUCUCGAUAUGUUUGAAGAUGAAUACAGAGUCAUGGUGAGUAAACCCCUGAAUGUUGAGUACUUGAUGAUGGAUGCAUCUAUUCUGUUACCUCCUACUGGGACCCCACUAACUGGUAUAGACUUUGUGAAGAGAUUGCCUUGUGGCGAUGUAGAAAGAACGAGACGGGCUAUUCGGGUUUUUUUUAUGCUUCGUUCUUUAUCCCUGCAACUACAAGGGGAGCCAGAGACACAACUACCACUGACACGGGAAGAGGAUUUGAUUAAAACAGAUGAUGUAUUGGAUCUCAAUAACAGUGAUCUAAUUGCUUGCACUGUAGUUAUGAAAGAUGGCAGUCAAGUACAUCGCUUUCUGGCUGUCGAUGUUUAUCAAAUGAGCUUGGUGGAACCUGACAGCAAACGGCUUGGAUGGGGCGUGGUAAAAUUUGCAGGUCUGCUUCAGGAUAUGCAGGUGAUGGGAGUUGAAGAUGAUAGCAGGGCUUUAAACAUAAUCAUCCACAGGCCUGCAUCCAACCCUCAUGCUAGGCCCUUCCCUAUUCUUCAGGCAACCUUCAUCUUUGCUGAUCAUAUCCGUUGUAUCAUUGCAAAGCAGCGAUUAGCAAAAGGUCGCAUUCAAGCACGACGUAUGAAGAUGCAACGAAUCGCAGUACUUUUGGAUCUUCCUGUGCAAACAUCUUCAGAGGUUAUGGGUUUUGGACAUGGGUCGCCCUCUUCAGCUCAUCACCUUCCUUUUAGAUUCUAUGAUCAGUCUCGUCGAGGUAUCAGUGAUCCUACAGUUCAGCGCUCAGUGUUUGCAUCUGUUGAUAAGGUUCCAGGGUUUGCUGUGGCACAGCACGUAAACCAGCAAAGUCCUUCUCCGGCAUCAUCUCCUUCCCCACCCUCCAGUGGUACCAUCUCAACAAGCACUGGCUAUAGCGAUACCAUCACAACUAGUGUAGGUUCCACUCCUUCAGCAACUCAGAGUCCCACAGAUGGACCUGAACUUCAAGAGCAGUCUCAUUUGACUUUUCCAGACCAAGUGGAAUUUGUCAAUGAAACCUAUUCUUCACCUCCUACAGCAGAGGGUGGCACAAGUUGUCACUCUCUCCCCAGCAGUACUGAACAUGAAGCAGCUAAUCUGGCACCAAGUCUGAUUCCAGCCCAUCAGCCAACUAUAUCGCUUAUUUCUGACGACAAUACAGAUGCAUUGAGUGUGGAAUCACUGACGCUUCUUCCACCAGCUGAUGCACAGCACAUCCGGAGCGUGAGCACCUUAACUCUGGCACCCACAUUAUCUGAGUCGAAUGUGAUGACAGAGAAAGAGGACACCAAAACAAAUCAGAAACCCGAAGUAUCCGAGUCCACACAUUAGAUGCAAUGUAAACUUCGAACCAUCUGGUUUUGUACAGUGGAAACAGGUCUGAAAAGCAAGAAAAUUAAAUUUAUUGUCAAAACCCAGCUGAAAAAGGAAAACUGGUAACUCUGUGGGGCCGAAAAAUUGCUUGUAAAUUCCUGUGAUUCUGUGUCUGGGAUCCUUGCACUAGUUAGUAUACAGUUAGAGAUUUACAGCUGAAGGACAUACGCUAUGUACAACUUUUAAUACAAA